AUGAAUCAAUUAGUAAGACCAUUAUCUUCCAUUUCAAGAAGUGGUAGAAAUUUAAUAGCUCCAACAGUUAGAUAUUAUGGAACUUCUAAUGAUCAAAAGAAUUUAAAAGAUAUAGUCAAAGAUAAAAAGAAAGAAUUGAAAGAACCAAAAAAGUAUGACCAUCACGAAUUCGAUGAUGCAAUGAAAUCAUUUAAAGAUACAUUCUUUAAUAAUAGAUUAUCUAAAUGGUUCCACGAAUUCGAGGACAUGUUCCCUGGUAUUAAAGAGAAGGCUCAGAGCAUGCCAGAAGCAUUGGGUUCAUGGGGAUCGGAGUUUAGAACUCCAAAGACCUUCUGGCAAAAGGAUGAUAAGGCAUAUUCGCUCAAGGUAGAGAUGCCCGGUCUUACCAAAGAUGAUAUUAAAGUCAACUUUGAAAAUGGAAAGUUAGUCAUUGAAAGCAACAAAGAAUCGGAAUCAAAAGAAGAAGGAACUUGGAGCAAAUCAUCAUUCUAUAAGUCUAUGAGCAUUCCCGAGAAUAUAGAUCAUGAGAACAUUUCAGCAAAAAUGGAAAAUGGUCAACUCUUAAUCACUAUGCCUUGUAAAAAUCAAAGUGAAAAGACCGAUCUUCCAAAGAAGAUUAAUAUUGCGUAA